GAUGCCCUUGCUGUGUGUUACCCAAUUGAGAAGGGAAGCUGGACGGGACAGCCGUUUAGGAGACAAAAAAAGAAAUAAACUUUAAUCUGUUGCUUUUAAAGUUUGUGUUCUUGAAAUAAAAACAGCAGUUAGACUAUUAUCAAUCCUACGUGUAGACUGCCCGUGUAUGGUAUAAAUGACAUCUGUCCAAGGUAACUUGUCUCAUACGUUAUAGCUGUGAAGUGGCUGGCCGGCCAAGCAAGGAAGUGUUGCUCGUGACGUGAGUACAAAGUAGUUGGACAAGUUUUUUUUUUGUCUUUUAAAACCAUACGAUACACCCAUUCGGAACCUCAUCUUUCUAGUUUUAGUUACAUUAGGAUUAGUCCAUUGCUUGCGGAGCCGUGUGGUAAAAUGACGAACCGGGAAGACGAAUACGACUACCUUUUUAAAGUGGUGCUGAUCGGAGACUCAGGCGUAGGCAAGAGCAACCUUCUGUCCCGCUUCACCCGCAAUGAGUUCAACCUGGAGAGCAAGAGCACGAUCGGUGUGGAGUUCGCAACACGCAGCAUCAAGGUGGAAGGCAAGACCAUCAAGGCCCAGAUCUGGGACACAGCAGGACAGGAGCGCUAUCGUGCCAUCACCUCAGCGUAUUACCGUGGCGCAGUGGGGGCGCUGCUGGUGUAUGACAUCGCCAAGCACCUGACUUAUGAGAACGCGGAGCGCUGGCUGAAAGAACUACGCGACCAUGCCGACAUCAACAUCGUCAUCAUGCUGGUGGGCAACAAGAGCGACCUGCGCCACCUGCGGGCCGUGCCCACGGAUGAGGCGCGGGCUUUCGCGGAGAAACACGGGCUGUCUUUUCUGGAGACCUCAGCGCUCGACUCGUCAAAUGUGGAGCUGGCUUUCCAGACCAUCCUCACAUCCAUCUACCGCAUCGUGUCCCAGCGGCAGAUGUCCAGCCCUAACGACUCAGACUUCUCUCCCAACGCCAACGUGGUUCCCAUCACGGUGCAGCCCACCCAGCACACGCCCAAGCAGAGCUCCUGUUGCCAGGGCAACUGAGACCUCCAAAUGGGGAGCCGGGGAGGGGUUUGGGGUGCACAGGGGAAUGUU